UCCGGGGACCCGUGGCUGUACGUCAGACUCAAACAACAACCCCUUUUUAAAACUGGUUUAUGUGUAAUUGAUAUCGUGCCCGAAGGAAAAAAACAGCUGGAAAUGUCAGUAUUUUCGGGGCUGUGAAAUGAAAGUCACAGAGGACUCAGUCGUAAAGGAUGGACUCUAAAACGCCCCCCUGACAUCAGAUAAACAUUACAGUACAGUGACGACUAGUUGAGUGCAGUCUAAGAUCAUGCUGCCUUUGUCAAUGAUAAAUGAAGCAUAAAGUUGUGAAUGAUGGGUGGUGCUGGUGUUCGCAGACAUGUUAGAAAGCCAGAUAAAGUAGUUGGAGUAGGUGGUGAGGAAGUGUAGUCAGAAGAGCAACAGAAUCGGCUUAAAGAGUUGUACAGUAUUUUACCUUCUGUGUAGAGUUGAGAAACACGUUUAGACCAUUAAUAGGGGUAAUAAAGAUAGUUGGCUGAUGGAGUACAGUGAGAGAGUGCUUUGUGGGACAGGGGAGGUGGAGCUGGACCCCAACGUUGUGAGUGAAGAGGCAGGAAAACUGUAUUCAGAGCUACAGAGAGUUAUUGAGAACCAUGGUGAAGGUGUGGUGGAGUCGCUGGUACCCAUCUUUGUGUGGGUCCUGGAGGCGCUGGCCACCUGCAAAGCCCAGCUGAGAGACCGGGAGGUGGAGGCGGAGAGAGAGAAAGCUGAGCGGGAAGAGCUGCUGGAGAGAUACAAAGCAGAGAAAGCACUCAGGAAAGAAAGUCAAGAGAGGUAUCUGGAGCUGGAUGACCAAAUUGAACAAGAAAGGAGAGCCAUGAGGGGGAGGGAAACGGAGAGAGAGCGGCGAGGGAGAGAGCUGGAGAAGAAAGCAAGGGAGCAGGCUGAUCAUUUGAUGGCCUUGGAGGACCAGAAGGCAAAUCUGAGUAGAGAACUGAGCACACUGAGGCAAACUCACAACAAGCUGGCUUACACAUAUCGGGACGUUUUGGAAAAGAGAAAAGAUUCUGAAAGAGAUUCUCCUUUAAGGAAUCAGGGUCUCAAGAAUAAUGAUUUUCCAUCCAACCAAGUCAGUAUGAAUGAAAAGAUGAUACAAAGACCAUAUUCACAUUCUGGUCCCCCCAGUUUGGAAGAUCUAGUGGCCAAGAAACAAAAGGCAAUUGACAUUGCUGUAAAUCCCACCGCAGAUAGAUUUAUCAAUGACAUCAUAAGCUCCACACCUGAGCUGAAGCAAUUUCAUGGCAGUGGAAUUAUAAGCACCCCAGUUAGAUCGACCCCGAAAAAUCCGCCGGAAGAUGAGUCGGAGAUCAGCGUGGAGGAGGAGAUGAGGGAGGUGGAGGAGAGGGAGUGCCAAGGAGAAGAGGUGCAAGGUGGAGAGAAGCAGGAAAAGGUUAAGGAGGAAGUGGAGGUGGAGGAAGAUGAUUGUAUGGAGUACAAGCUGCGCAACAAUGACUCUGUGUUCUCCGAGCUGUCCGACCUGAGUCUGGAUUACUUGGAGAGUGUCGACCGAGGGGCCAGUGUGAGAGGCAGUGCAGACCAGUUUGAGGAGAUUCUUUCUCAGUAUGAGGAACUGAAAGUCAACCAGGAGUCAGUAGACGCUGCCCGUAAGGCGCUGAUAUCCCGGGUCGUAGAGCUCACUGAUGACCGUUCAGCUCUUCAACUGGAGGGGACCUCUCUUCAAGGAACCGCCUCACGAUUAGAGGGCCGGGUGAAGGAGAAGGAGGAGGAAAUUAAGAGACUUCGGAAAGAACUGGAAGCGUGCCAGUCUGAGGAUCCUGAUGCCUCUCUACCCACAUGCAUGCGCAACUUCUCUCGCUCUGAAAUGGCCCGUGUGGUCAUGGAGAAGAACCAAUACAAGCAGCGUCUGCUUGAGCUGCAGGAAGCUGUGAGACGUAGUCAGACACUCCGAGCAACACAGGAUGAGAAGUUAACAGAAGACAAAAGGUCAAGUGUUUGGAGAAAGUUCAACCGCUUGUUUGGCCUGUCCAAGGUAUCUCUAAUCCCACCCUCUGCCUCUGCAUUCGCCAUGCCAACUUCUCCAUCACUCACUCGCUCUCCUCUGGGGCCUCCACAACUACCGGCGAUCAGUCAAGCUCAUGCUGAAUCUGCUGCUCUCUCUCCUCGUGUCAGGAGGCGAGAACUCUACAGAGAAAUCCGCUCGCACAUCUGGGGAUCACUUGGAAAACGGCAGAUACACGGUUGGAGCACACCGCUGGCAAACACACAGGAAUCCCAUGAACCUGUGCCAGAGCCGAAGGACGUGCCUGUUCUAAUGCAACUCCGACUGCUGGAUCAAAGGGACUCCACAGCCAAGCUGAACUGUGCGGUUGCAGUCACACCUGAGAUGUCAGGAGAGGCCACAUGUUCUGUGUGGGUCGUUUCUGGCCCUGUCUCCUGCAGUGAUAUUACUGUGAUCGAUCCAGCACGGUCCAACACAGUACUGGAUCAGUUCUACCUCCCUCCCACAGCUCCUGCUCUCUGCAUCUGUGCUGUACCUCCUAUAGGUGACACUGCAGGAACUGUGUGGAUAGGAACUCAGGAAGGAAGUAUACUGGUACACUCGGCCUCUGCUGGCAGGAGGCGCUGUCUGCAGUCGGUUUCUCUCUCAGAAGGUGUUCAUUCGCUCCAGUAUUCCCAGGAUCAAGUCAUAGCUGGUUUAGCUGAUGGGACUUUAGCAUUUUUCUCACACAGUUCAGGCGGCUGGAAUCUACAGUCGCACUCGGUGAUGCCUCUUGGAUCAAACCCUUUGCAGCCCAUCCGUUGCUGCCUCGCAAAAGGCGGCCGCUUGUGGGUGGGAUACUGGAACAAAGUCCAUGUGGUGGACGUUGUCAGCAAGAAGCUUGAGCAAACCUUCUCAGUCUCUGAACGCAGUGAGCAGCAGGUUCGUUUCCUGUGUGCUGGUGGAAGUGGUGUUUGGACAUCCUGCCGACUUGACCCGAUGCUCCGACUGUUUGACUGGUCCACAGGACGGCCGCUACAGGAAGUUGAUUUCACUAUUUUGGUCACUAAAACAUUAGGCCAGGCCUUCCUGACACUCUCACCUCUCCAGAUCUCGUCUCUCACAGUCAUCUCUGGCCGUCUGUGGGUGGGCACAGGAGGGGGGGCCAUUUUCUCCAUCCCAUUAUCCAUAACAUCAGAGGCUGUUUCCAUCCCAUAUUGCUCCAUUUCAUCAGCCCAGCUGUGUUACCAUGGACAUAGACAAGCUGUCAGGUUCAUCAUUGCUGCACCUGGUUGUUUGAUCGUCUCCCCUGGCAGCAGCAAUGUCACUUCCUCUCAGAUUGUCCUCAGUGGAGGAGAGGGCUACAUCAACUUACGAAUUGGAGACGAUGCAAAUGAGGGAUCUGUUGAGUUGUCCCAAACGACACCUCAGCGGUCUGAACGCAGUCACAUGAUCAUCUGGCAGAAUCCCACCCCCUCUGUGCCGAGCCCUGCCCUCUGACAUUGAUCAUCUCCUAGUUCUGUCCUUUUUGGAGUGAGAUGAAGACGGAGCGGUCAUGUACUGCACAUCAGCAAAACUAGAGACAACAUUGGAAUUGGUGCUUUCAAGGAAUGUGUUUUACAUAUAAAUAAGGUUUAAUUCUUGUUUACCUCAUUCAUUUUUGAACAUCUAUCUUUUUACUGGAGUUUUCUGAUGGAUGAUGAUGCCUUACUGUUUGCCUUCAUCUAACUUCAUAUAAUAUCUGGUCAGUAAUUCAGCUGCGUGAUAGUUAAUAGUUCUUUGCACUAACAAAGUAUUCAGUUUCACUGACAUACAGCUUAUCAUUCCUCCCAGGGGGCACCAGGUGUUUCUGUCCAAUAUCUUUUGAUCAUAACGUUUAACUUUAUAAUGUGGCUGCUCUUGAAGCUGUUGUGUACAUACUUUGUUGUGAACUGGAAACAGGUAUUGAUCUUCUCUCACUGUACAACACAGACGAUUAGACACUCCCUAUCUCCUGAUGUGGGAUAAUUUAUAUUGAUUGUGAUGUUGUUGUGUUUUAUUUCUUUUCAAAUUCUUCCCCUUCACGUUGCAUAUGGUGUAACUACAAACAGCACAUUUUGAAUGUGCCUGUAUAAGAAAUGUGUGAUAUCCCAUCUUCUAAAUGAACAACUUUUGUGCUUGUCGUCAGAAAUUAUUUAUUUUCUCUAUCAAUUAUCUGCCUAAUGUAUUUGGAUGUCUAUAUUUGUUUUAUGUUUUAAUUUUUGUAAAUUAAGGGAGUUUGUGCACUCAUUGGGUCUCCUUAUACUUUUUGGAAAGUAAAUUAAGACUUGAGUAUUUGUUGACGUUCAACUUGUGCAAAAAGUAUUAUUGUCAUUAAAAUGUUUUAAAUGGUUAA